AAGUUCACAAUUGGUCACCAUUUUAUCUCGUAGCUUAUCAUAUAAUUCAAGAUAAUUUUUGUAUUUGUACAAGUUUUUAUGAUUAAUUUGACCCCCGUCGAAGUCGCACGACAUUGUGUGCUCUAGUAAUUCCCUAAUUGUUAUUUGAUGACACUUUUUGUCUGAAAAUGGGUCUCAACAGUGUGACACAAACCGUCCUUUUUACAAGUCUUGUGACUGCUGUUACUGUCGUUGGUUCCUACUUGUAUCAAAAAUGGAAACAGGUCAAAAUACCUUCGAAUUGGGAACGCAUAGGAAGCGUGAAAAAACUUCACUUGUAUCCACUUAAAAGUGGACACAGAGUCGAAUUACAAAGGGCUGAAGUAACAGAAGUUGGACUUAGACAAACUAAAGAGGACGAAAAGAUCUUUCAGUUAAGAGACAGGGUUUUGGUAGUUUAUGGAGCUAAGGACCAUGAAUUUCGCACUGCUCGGACCUACCCAAAAAUGGUCCUCAUUGAUGUUUCGGUCCACGAUGAGGAUCACCUUGCCAUAGAUGCUCCCACUAUGAGGACACUCUACGUUAAAAUACCCAACCGAAAAGACAACGCCGUUGCUAAAGUCAAGUGUUGGAACAACGAACAUAUUGAAGCAAUUGAUUGUGGAGAUGAGGCAGCUGGCUGGUUUUCCCGAUACAUAAUUGAGCGAGAUUUUGGUCUAAGACUAGGUUACAACGAUGCCAGUCAUCGACGCGAUAUUACAAAAACCCACCACAAACUCCUCAACUACUACAAGAACUUAAGCAACCAUUCAACUGGCCUGUUUGCAGACUUGUCGAGUGUUACUCUCAUCAAUCAACAUUCAGUUCACGAUUUGAAUAAACGAGUUGGUAACAAUUCCAAUGUUACUGUUGAAAAUUUCAGACACAACAUUAUUGUUGAUGGACCUGAUUUGCAACCUUAUGAUGAAGACAAUUGGGAUUGGAUCAAAGUCGGCGAUAAUGUUAUUUUGAGAAAUGUUAAAGACUGUACUAGGUGUGUCUUUACAACCAUUUCGUCUGAAAACGGAAUCAGGGAUAUAAAUAGGCAACCGUUGAAAACUUUGGAAACAUAUCGCAAACAUUCAGGACCUGAUCAUGGACCAAGAUUCGGAACGAAUUUAGAAGUUGCAAAAACUGGAUUUAUUAAUGUUGGCGACCCUGUAUUUAUUGCCAGGAAGGAAGAAACGCAAUAAAGAACGUUUUAGGUCUAUGUGUAGAGGGGGGACAUUACAUAGUUUUCAUUCAUUGAGAUUGUUACUUAUACUAUUAUUGUUAUUACUUAGGCCAUCCUCUGUAUAUAAUACGAAUUAAAAUUGACUGUUCAAAAUAAUUUUUUUGUGCGUCAGGGAUGAUAAAAACGUCGUUCGGCUUUAACAAUUUAUUAAACUUGAUUACAUUAAAAAUGAAAUAAAUCACACACCAAUUUUCAGCAGUCAAUUGUGUAGAAAUAAAAAAAAUAAAAUCACAUUAAACUUG